AUGCUGCUGGCGCGGGGCUGGGGCGGCGGGGCGGCGGGACGGUCCCCGCCGGCGCUGGCCGCCCUGUCCCAGGUGCUGCGGCUGGAGCGGAGCCGCCGCACCGGCGUCGUGUUCCCGCUGGAGAAGCUGGCGCGUUCCCUGGCUCCCGGCGCCGACACGGCGCGGUUCCGCCUCUUCCAGCCCGGCCUGGCCGCCCUGCAGCGCGCCGAGGCGCUCUUCAGGUCCGGCCGCGACCACGCCAUCGACUACGUGAGCUCCGCCGUCCGCAUGGACCAUGCCCCGCCGCCGGCCCUGCCCGAGGUGUGCUUCAUCGGCCGAAGCAACGUGGGGAAAUCGUCUUUAAUCCGGGCCUUGUUUUCGCUGUCUCCAGAAGUGGAGGUCAGAGUGUCAAAAACUCCGGGCCACACCAAGAAGAUUAAUUUCUUCAAAGUAGGGAAGAAGUUUACUCUGGUGGAUAUGCCAGGAUAUGGCUACCGUGCCCCACAAGACUUUGUGGAGAUGGUGGAGGCCUAUCUGCAGGAACGGCACAACUUGAAGAGGACUUUUCUGUUAGUUGAUGGUGUAGUAGGACUCCAGAAAACAGAUCAUAUUGCAGUAGAUAUGCUGGAAGAGUUUGGGAUUCCUUACGUGAUGGUGUUAACAAAAAUUGACCGAGCUUCCAGGGGAGUGUUGUUAAAGAACGUACUGGAGAUCCAGGACUUUGUAAAGGAGAAAACUCAGGGAUGCUUUCCUCAGCUAUUCCUGGUCAGUUCUCUGGAGUUUUCAGGGGUUCACUUGCUAAGGUGUUUUGUAGCCCAUGUUACUGGAAACCUGCCUACUGUAGACGCCAGCUGAGAAGACUGACUCCUGAUCUGCUCAGCUUAUCCAGAACAAAAGGUGCAGCGUGAUAGCGUGCCUUGCUUGCAUACCUCGAGUUGCCCCUGUUCCAGGUGGAUGAAGGAAAGGACACAUCUUUGAUGGGAUCUGCUUUUUGAUUACUGUUGGCGUGGAACAAAAGACUGGCAUGUAGGGAAACUCUCUCCUUCUGCACUUUAUCGUCAGUCAGUGCUGCAGCUACCUCCUGUUUUAGAUCCAGCAUGAAGUUCUGCAGCUGCACUCAGAUGAAUUGCCAGAGAUAGAGAUGAGACACACUGUCUGUUAUCUGCAUCCUGUUCUACCCUGGCAGCUGAAGUACAAUACUGAUGUCCCGUACUCUUCAGGGGCACUGUAACAGCUGGCAGAACUGUGUCCCGCAGCAGCUAAAGAGCACCUGAAGUUGGCUCAUUACAAGGCAU